ACCAGGGGCCGGGAUCGGGGUCCGGGCUGGGGAGGGGAACCUGGGCGCCUGGGACCGGCCGAUGCCCCCUGCCCCGCCCAGGGGUGAAAGCGGGUGUGAGGAGCGCGGCGCAGCAGGUCAUAUUGAACAUUCCAGAUACCUAUCAUUACUCGAUGCUGUUGAUAAAAGCAAGAUGGCUUUGAACUCAGGGUCACCGCCAGGUUUUGGACCUUACUAUGAAAACCAUGGAUACCAACCGGAAAACCCCUAUCCCGCACAGCCCACUGUGGCCCCCAGUGUCUACGAGGUGCAUCCGGCUCAGUACUACCCGUCCCCCGUGCCCCAGUACGCCCCGAGGGUCCUGACGCAGGCUUCCAACCCCGUCGUCCGCACGCAGCCCAAAUCCCCUUCGGGGACAGUGUGCACCUCAAAGACUAAGAAAGCAGUGUGCAUCACCUUGACCCUGGGGGCCUUCCUCGUGGGAGCUGCGCUGGCCGCUGGCCUACUCUGGAAGUUCAUGGGCAGCAAGUGCUCCGACUCUGGGAUAGAGUGCGACUCCUCAGGUAUCUGCAUCAGCGCCUCUAACUGGUGCGAUGGCGUGUCACACUGCCCCAGCGGGGAGGACGAGAACCGGUGUGUUCGCCUCUACGGACCAAACUUCAUCCUUCAGGUGUACUCAUCUCAGAGGAAGUCCUGGCACCCUGUGUGCCAAGACGACUGGAACGAGAACUAUGGGCGGGCGGCCUGCAGGGACAUGGGCUAUAAGAAUAGUUUUUACUCUAGCCAAGGAAUAGUGGAUGACAGCGGAGCCACCAGCUUUAUGAAACUGAACACAAGUGCCCGCAAUGUCGAUAUCUAUAAAAAACUGUACCACAGUGAUGCCUGUUCUUCAAAAGCAGUGGUUUCUUUACGCUGUAUAGCCUGCGGGGUCAACUUGAACUCAAGCCGCCAGAGCAGGAUCGUGGGCGGCGGGAGCGCGCGCCUGGGGGCCUGGCCCUGGCAGGUCAGCCUGCAUGUCCAGAACGUCCAUGUGUGUGGAGGCUCCAUCAUCACCCCCGAGUGGAUCGUGACAGCCGCCCACUGCGUGGAGAAACCUCUUAACAAUCCAUGGCAUUGGACGGCGUUUGCGGGGAUUUUGAGACAAUCUUUCAUGUUCUAUGAAAGCGCACACCAAGUAGAAAAAGUGAUUUCUCAUCCAAAUUAUGACUCCAAGACCAAGAACAAUGACAUUGCGCUGAUGAAGCUGCAGACGCCUCUGACUUUCAAUGACUUUGUGAAACCAGUGUGUCUGCCCAACCCAGGCCUGAUGCUGGAGCCAGAACAGCACUGCUGGAUUUCCGGGUGGGGGGCCACCGAGGAGAAAGGGAAGACCUCAGACGUGCUGAACGCUGCCAUGGUGCGUCUCAUUGAGACGCAGAGAUGCAACAGCAGAUAUGUCUAUGACAAUCUGAUCACACCAGCCAUGAUCUGUGCCGGCUUCCUGCAGGGGACCGUCGAUUCUUGCCAGGGUGACAGUGGAGGGCCUCUGGUCACUUCGAAAGACAAUGUCUGGUGGCUGAUCGGGGAUACAAGCUGGGGUUCUGGCUGUGCCAAAGCUUACAGACCAGGAGUGUACGGGAAUGUGACGGUAUUCACGGACUGGAUUUAUCGCCAAAUGAGGGCAAACGGCUAAUCCGCAUGGUCUUUGUCCUUGAUGUCAUUCUACAAGAAAACAAAGGGGCUGGUUUUGCUUCCCCGUGCGUGAUUUACUCUUAGAGAUGAUUCAGAGGUCACUUCAUUUUUAUUAAACAGUGAACUUGUC